GUUGAACCGAACAACGAGGCAUGAUGACAAUGUGGUCACACUCACUCAAUAUAAGAACUCACACAUUCAUCGUCACUCUUCAGUCUUAUGUAGUCAGCACAGAAAAAAAGCACGUUUUGAUGUCACAUAAUCUGUUCCUAAUUUCUCUCUUGUCUUUUUUAAGGCCGCCACUCCCACCCCCUCUUCCAUUCUCUCCUCACUUCCUAAAAAAACACACAAUUCUUCUUCUUGAUCUUCUUCCCACCAUGUAAAUUCUCAAGCUUGUGGGUAUGUAAAUUGGACGUUGUUGCAACACGUUAGAUUUUUCAUUCAUGGAGGCUGAGUUUGGGGGUAAGAAUCAGUACUUGUAUGGACCUGUGGUGUCAGGAAUGAAGAAAGCUGUUGGGAAUGGUAAGAGGAGUUUGGAAUGGGAUUUGAAUGAUUGGAAAUGGGAUGGUGAUCUUUUCACCGCUCAGCCACUCAAUCCAGUGCCAUCAGACUGUAGGAGUCGCCAGUUUUUCCCACCACAUCCUGAAAUUCCUGCGAAAAAGACCAAUCUUGCAAACGAUUUGUCUUCUUCUGUAAUCAACCCAGGUGAGGGAAAGAAGGAAUUGGAGAAAAGGAGGAGGAGUGUUAUAGGGGAAGGUGAAGGGGAGGGGCUGAAUGAUGAGGGUGGUUCUCUUAGUUUGAACCUUGGGGGUCACGGUUACCCUUUCAUGGUGGAAGAAGAGGAAAAAAGUGGAAAGAAGACAAAGGUAAUUGGAACUACUAUUGCUCCUGCUACCACCUCUAACCGUCCCGUUUGUCAGGUGCAAGAUUGUACGGCUGAUCUUGGUAAUGCCAAGGAUUACCACCGCCGGCACAAGGUUUGUGAUGUUCAUUCUAAGGCCACUGUGGCACUGGUGGGAAAUGUUAUGCAACGUUUCUGUCAACAGUGUAGCAGGUUUCAUGUCCUUCCAGAGUUUGAUGAAGGUAAGAGAAGUUGUCGUAGGCGUCUGGCAGGCCAUAACAGGAGGAGGAGGAAAACUCAUCCUGAUGUUACUGUUGUUAAUGAAGGAUCUCCUAACGAUGGAAGUGGCAGUAGCUAUCUGUUGAUGAGUCUGUUACGGAUACUGACCAAUUUGCAUACAAAUGGCUCAGAUCAUACAAGGAACCAGGAUAUACUCUCUCAUCUUCUGAGGAACUUGGCAAGUCUGGCUGCUCCAAAUAAUGGUAGAACUUUAGCCUCCUUAUUGGAGAACUCUAAAGGUUUAUUAAAUGCUGGAACACCUGGAGGUGCUCAUGAUGAACUCAACCUUAAUUCAAACACUCCUGAAGCUUCCAGACCAUCUGGUUCUUCCAUUAAGAUUGAUAAUGGCUUCAUCAGUCAGGACCCUCCAAUAUCUAUGGCACAGUGUGAAACAAGGCCUACUAAUGGUGGGACACAAAAAUGUAUACCUUCAGGUGAUGGUGGAGUAGAAAAUUUGAGACCACCUUCAGGAGCACCAUUCUCAAGUAUAAGUCAAUCCAGGGGAAGUCUUCCAUGCCAAUUAACUUCUACUGAGACUACAGUUAGAAGGAACAACUUAAAUAACGUUGACCUGAAUAAUGUAUACAGUGAUAUGCAGAAUACUGAUGAGAAUCAUAAGAAGCCUUAUCCUCAUGUGGCAUCAGAGAUGGGAUUUAGUGAUCUUCCCUCAUGGCUGCAAUGUGCUUCUCUCAAAUCAAGUCCUCCACAGACUAGCAGAAACUCAGAUUCAACCUCUAACCAGUCACCAUCUAGUUCCAGUGGAGAAGCUCAGAGUCGCACAGAUCGAAUUGUUUUUAAACUCUUUGGAAAGGAUCCAAGUGAUUUUCCCCUUCUUCUCCGAUCACAGAUUCUUGAGUGGUUAUCCCACAGUCCCACAGAGAUAGAGAGCUAUAUAAGGCCAGGUUGUAUCAUAUUAACGAUGUAUCUUCGUCUUGAAAAAUCUGCAUGGGAGGAGUUCUACUGUAAUCUAGGAUCCAGCUUGAGAAAGCUUGUUGGCUCAUCAAAUCAUACAUUUUGGAGAACAGGGUGGGUGUUUGCAAGGGUGCAGCACUCUGUGGCUUUUCUGUAUAACGGUCAGGUAGUCUUAGAUGUGCCCUUGUGUCUCAAAAGUUCACAUCAUUGUACGAUUUCAUGCAUUAAACCACUUGCUGUUCCUGCAAGUGCUAGGGCUCACUUUAUUGUGAAAGGUUGCAACCUUUCCCAGUCUAGUACAAGGUUGCUCUGUGCACUUGAAGGGAAGUAUCUGGCAAAUGCUAGUUGUCACGAUUUGAAUGGUGGAGCUGAUGAAUCCAUUCAGCAUCUCAACUUCUCUUGUCAUAUACCAAAUGUAACUGGGAGGGGUUUUAUUGAGGUGGAAGAUCAUGGACUUAGCAGCUGUUCCUUUCCAUUUAUAGUUGCAGAGAAGGAAGUCUGUUCAGAGAUCUGCAAGCUGGAGAAUCUGAUUGAGGCUGCUGAAACCACUAAGGAUUUCCAGAUCAAAAACCAACAAAUGGAAGAAAAGACUCAAGCUCUUCAUUUCUUGCAAGAAAUGGGUUGGCUUCUUCAUAGAAGUGGUGUGAAAGUUAGGCUAGGUCCCAUGGUUCCAAGCCAUGAUCUCUUCCAAUUUAAUAGGUUCUCGUGGCUUGUUGACUUCUCUAUGGACCAUGGUUGGUGUGCUGUGAUGAAAAAACUAUUGGAUAUUAUAUUUGAAGGGAGUGUUGAUGCAGGAGAACAGGCCUCCAUUGAGCUUGCAUUGUUAGACAUGAAUCUUUUACACAAAGCUGUGAAGAGAAACAAUAGACCUAUGGUAGAACUACUAUUAAGAUUCGUGCCAGUUAAAACAUCAGAUGGUGGUGACAGUGAAGUGAAGCAAGUUGAAAAGGCCUCUGACAGAUUCUUAUUUAGACCUGAUACUGUUGGGCCAGCUGGAUUGACUCCUCUUCAUGUUGCAGCAAGUAUGAGUGGCUCAGAGAACGUGUUGGAUGCAUUAACUGAUGAUCCAGGAAUGGUAGGAAUUGAAGUAUGGAAAAGUGGCCGAGAUAGUGCAGGUUUGAGCCCCAAUGAUUAUGCAUGCCUUAGGGGCAAUUACUCUUAUGUUCAACUUGUCCAGAGAAAGACCAACAAGAGAGGUGAAAGACUACAUGUGGUUGAUAUCCCUAGCACUGUUGCAGAAAGUGGUAACAGAAAGCAGAAGCAAUCAGAUGGAUAUAGAACAGGUAAAGUUUGUAGUUUACAGACAGAGAAGAUUGAAACCACAGAAAUGAGAAGUGAAUGCAGGGUAUGCCAGCAGAAGGUGGUUUAUGGUGGCAUAAGAAGUGGUGUGGUUUAUAGGCCAGUGUUGGUCUCCAUGGUGGCCAUAGCAGCUGUGUGUGUCUGUGUGGCUUUGCUCUUCAAAAGCUCACCUAGAGUUUACUAUGUGUUUCAGCCUUUCAAUUGGGAAUCAUUGGAGUAUGGAACAAUAUAAUGCUGUAUAUCAGGUGUUUUUCUGCUGUAGUUGCACCUCUUUUUAGUUUA